AGCUGGUGCCCUGAUGCUGCCUAAAACUAUAGUCCGAACGGUGUAAUACCAGUUAUUUCAUACGGAAAUACCAGGAAAAAGUAUUUAAGAUAUCAUGGUGAAUCAGAGAGUCGACACCGGCUGGCAGGGAUGUAAAAGUGACUCGAGCGGUGCCAGUAACAGCGGAGAAAGCUCCAAAGAGAGUUCACGAUGUUCUACUCCAGUUGGGGAGGCGGAUCGCGGAGACAGACUGAGGGACAAGAUGAGGAGACGGAUCGAGUCUGGGGACCGCUGGUUUUCCCUGGAGUUUUUUCCUCCUCGCACCGCUGGUGGAGCGGUCAAUCUUAUAUCCAGAUUCGACCGCAUGGGAUCUGGCGGGCCUCUCUUCAUCGACAUCACGUGGCACCCAGCGGGCGACCCCGGCUCCGACAAAGAGACCUCGUCCAUGAUGAUCGCAAGCACGGCAGUCAACUACUGCGGCCUAGAAAGCGUCCUCCACCUGACCUGCUGCAAGCAAACGAAAGAGAAGCUCACGUCCUACCUGAGCAAGGCUAAGCACCUCGGAUUGAAAAACAUCAUGGCGCUAAGAGGAGAUCCAGUGGGAGCAGACUGGGAGGAAGAAGAGGGAGGGUUUAACUACGCUGUAGACCUGGUGAAGCACAUUCGAACAGAAUUCGAUGACUACUUUGACGUCUGUGUCGCUGGCUACCCGACUGGACAUCCAGAGGCCACAAGCUAUGAAGAUGACCUGAAACACUUGAAAGAGAAAGUAGACGCUGGAGCACACUUCAUCGUCACGCAGCUUUUCUUCAGAGCAGAGACGUUUCUCAAAUUCCUCAAGGACUGCAGAGCUAUAGGCAUCACCUGUCCAGUUCUACCUGGCAUUUUCCCCCUACAGGGCUACCACUCACUACGCCAACUUGUCAAGCUGUCAAAAUUGGAGGUGCCAGAGGAGAUCAUGCAGGUGAUCGAGCCCAUAAAGGACAACGACGCUGCCAUUAGGAACUACGGCAUCCAUCAUGCUGUGGAAAUGUGCAAGGUGCUACUAGACAGUGGCAACGUACCUGGCCUGCAUUUCUAUACGCUCAACAGAGAGGUGGCCACCAUCGAUGUGCUCCGGCAGAUCGGCUUAUGGGCCGAGGAUCCUCGGCGACCUCUGCCCUGGGCUGUCAGCGCUCAUCCAAAACGGAAGGUGGAAGACGUCAGGCCGAUCUUUUGGGCAACAAGGCCCAAGAGUUACAUCUACAGAACGCAGGACUGGGAUGAUUUUCCCAAUGGAAGAUGGGGGAACUCCUCGUCUCCAGCUUUCGGUGAGCUGACAGAUUACUAUCUAUUCUACCUGAAGAGCAAAUCUCCCAAAGAGGCCUUAUUAAAGAUGUGGGGUGAGGAGCUGACCAGCGAGAAGAGCGUGUAUGAAGUCUUCACCAAUUACAUCAUAGCACAGCCCAAUCAGAAUGGACACAAGGUCAUGUGUCUUCCAUGGAACGAUGACCCUCUGGCUCCCGAGACAAACAUGCUAAAGGACGAGCUGGAGAAAGUGAACCGCAGAGGCGUCCUCACCAUCAACUCUCAGCCCGCCAUUAACGGCAAGCCUUCUUCAGAUCCCAUUGUGGGCUGGGGCCCGCCGGGCGGAUAUGUCUUCCAAAAGGCAUACCUGGAGUUCUUCACAUCAAGUGAAAAUGUAAACGCUCUUCUUGAAGUCCUAAAGAAAUAUGAACCACGUGUGAACUAUCACAUAGUAAAUGUACAGGGGAAGAAUAUUACAAACGCCCCCGACAUGCAGCCCAAUGCUGUAACCUGGGGGAUUUUCCCAGGAAGGGAAAUCGUCCAGCCAACAGUAGUGGAUCCUGUCAGCUUUAUGUACUGGAAGGAUGAGGCGUUUGCUCUGUGGAUCGAGCAGUGGGGGAAACUGUACGAGGACGAAUCCCCCUCCCGAAUGAUCAUCCAGUACAUCCACGACAACUACUUUUUAGUCAACCUGGUGGACAACGACUUUCCUUUACAGAACUGCCUGUGGCAGGUCAUCGACGAUAUGUUCGAACUGCUGGAUGUACCGCCUGAACCUCUGGAUCAAGUAAACGCACAAUAGCUCACCUGCUGCUAGUAAAAGACUGGAAAUGUAUUAGAAAACAUUAUUUAUACUUUCAGAACGUUGAGUUUGUACACUAAAGACUGUAUCGUGCGUAAUGCUGGGAGGAUUUUUUUUUAUUAUGAUUAAACUGUAUCAUGACAUAAUAUGGUUAUAAACCAUAAUACAAAUAAGAAUAAUAUGAAAAAUAAUUUGCCUUAAUAUUGACGUGGCACUUAUUAAUAACAAGUUAUUACUGUGACUUUACCUGAUUGUUUUUAAAGCUAUUUAUAUACAGUGUGUUGGUGAUGUGUGUUGCAUGUCCAAAGUCCAAGGCUGUAGAGGAUUUUUCUUGAACGUUUGCCAACUGGAACACGAAUACAAAUACUACAGCAAGGUUGCUGUGUUUUACAGAGACUGGAUUAAAAGAAAACACACAUUGUACUGUGGAACUGUGGAAAAAAACAGGGCUAUAAAUAUUGGCAUUUGUGAUUACUGGUGUAAUCGGACAACUUUGAUGUCGUUUGGUGUAUUUUGCCCUUUUUUAUUUACUCGUUUUUUGGUUCCAGUUUUGGUGCAUUGCUGGUAAAAGAGAGCACAAUAAAAUACAUAACAGGUCAUGACUUGACAUGCAGUUUUUCAUUUUCAUUAUUUUUUAUAGUAAUAAAUGUUAUGACAUCAUAAUUCAAUGGUUAUUUGAUGCAAUGAAUUGUUUGCAUCUGACUGUAUUACUAAAUAAAGUACCGUAUUAAAAAGCCA